UUCCUGCAGCGGGAAACAGCGCGCACCGCUAACUUCAUUUUCAAAGGUCUGGCAAGCGAUAUAAGACCCAGAUUACCCGUAGUCCUGAUAGGCUACUUUGUUGCUGUGAACGCUAAACACCUCUAAGCAGACACUAAUCCGUGGUCGGACCUUAAUCUUCUGUAGACAACGGGCUACUCGGUGCGCACGGUGCCAAAGUGGCACUUUACGCAUAAUUACCGCCACGGUUCCGCUCCAUUGUGUGUGCGUAAAUGCGCCAUAGUUGAGUGUGUCUCGGUUCUGUCCCCUGUGCCUCUUCUCCUAGCGGGCUCGGUGAUACUUCGUGGCGUUUGUGCCAUCUAAGGUUUUCCGCCGCUCCAUUGCAGUAUUUCUAAUGCAGAGACUUCACACCGAGGGUCGCACCUUUCAUUCUUUUUUACUUUCGACUCGGAUACGCGUUUCGGAGGCAAAGAGAACCGAGCAAUUACAAGGACUACUUCGCUGCGAAGUAGGCUUACUAUUGCACCGCGGGGAGUAGCGGAAAAGAAACGCCUGUGUCAUGUAGCAGCACUCCCGAAAAAAAGCACCAGCAUGGAAAUAUACACGAGCCAACACCAGCUUGCUAUUUUUACUUGAAAGGAAAACUGCAAAUAUUCUGUGAAGCUCUACGUCGCAACGUGGCUCCCGGCGAAAGCGCAGGUUUCCAGAGCAUCUGCUGGUAGAAAUUCUUGUCAAGGAGAAGCGCGAGAGAAGAAGCGACAUGCUGCUGGGCAGGCAGCUGCUAGGGCAGAUCGUCUCCUGGAAUUACGGGGUGACUGGGAAAGGUGCGACUUUAUCCUGAGACCAGGGAGGGUACUGUACCGUACAGCUUCUGCAAUGGAUAGUUGUCCGUUUAUGAAGGUGAAAAAGUAAACGGAUGAGGUGGACGGGCUUCUGCCUUAGUGCACGCAACGCAUCGCGUCACCUCGACACGUUCAUCCGUGGGAGGAGGGGGAGACUUGGGAUUGUUUGCUGGCUGCAGGAGGGAUUCAAGGUGAUCUGGAUCCAACAGCAGCACAUGUGACAGCUCCCAAGAACUGGACCCCACAUUAUUGACACGAGUCAAUAUGUGUUUGGAUACCUGACCUGACCAAACAGCUGAUCCUAUUACUGAUCAAUCGUCUAGUUCUUUUAGAGUGAAUGUGUGGCCUUGAGGUGUUUUCAAGGGACCAUAUGGCACAAUACCACAUGAUAUAGGUCCCCUUCCUGUGAACUAACAUGGACAAGGUGGUCAUCAGUCUCCUGCUUCUGGGAACAGCGGUUACGAUGGUCCAUGCAUGUCCCAAAUAUUGCGUCUGCCAGAACCUCUCGGAGUCUCUGGGGACUCUGUGCCCAUCCAAAGGUCUGCUGUUCGUCCCACCGGACAUUGACCGCCGAACUGUCGAGCUCAGACUGGGUGGCAAUUUUAUCCUCAAAGUCAGCACUCAGGACUUUGCCAACAUGACAGGUCUGGUGGAUCUAACCUUGUCUCGCAACACCAUUAGCGCCAUCCAGCCUUUUUCUUUCAUCGACCUGGAGACUCUCCGAUCGCUGCAUCUGGACAGUAACCGGUUGACCGAGUUGGGGCCAGAUGACCUCCGAGGUCUGGUCAACCUGCAGCACCUGAUCCUAAACAACAAUCAGUUGAAUCGCAUCUCCAAAGCAGCCUUUGAUGACUUGUUAAUGACACUGGAGGACCUAGAUUUAUCAUAUAAUAACCUGCGCAGUGUGCCUUGGGAAGCCAUCCGCAAGAUGGUAAACCUUCAUCAGAUGAGUCUGGACCACAACCUUAUCUCUUUUAUUGCUGAGGGCACUUUUACAGACCUGGACAAACUGGCUCGCUUGGAUCUCACCUCCAAUCGCUUGCAGAAACUGCCUCCAGACCCGAUCUUUGCUCGCUCCCAGAGCGGCGUUGUGUUUAGCACUCCCUACGCCCCUCCACUCUCGCUGAGCUUUGGUGGAAACCCACUGCACUGCAACUGUGAGGUGCUCUGGCUCAGGAGGCUUGAUCGUGAGGACGAUAUGGAAACGUGCGCGUCCCCCGCCAGUCUCAAGGGGCGCUACUUCUGGUCAGUCCGUGAGGAGGAGUUUGUGUGCGAGCCGCCACUGAUCACGCAGCAUACACACAAGCUGCUGGUGCUGGAAGGCCAGACAGCUAGCCUGCGCUGCAAAGCUGUUGGUGACCCGAUGCCCACUGUCCACUGGGUCGCUCCCGAUGACCGCUUGAUCAGCAACUCCUCCAGAGCCACAGUGUAUGACAACGGCACCCUCGACAUAACAGUCACCACAGCUAAGGAUUAUGGGACCUUCACUUGUAUCGCUGCCAACGCGGCCGGAGAAUCCACAGCCUCCAUUGAGCUGUCUAUAAUUCAGCUCCCCCACCUGAGUAAUGGGACCAAUCGUACUACACAGUCCAAAUCAGGCCUUUCAGACAUAACUAGUUCUACUAAGAUCAGUAAAGGGGAGCCUAAACCUCAGCCAGAGAAAGCUGUGUCUGUAUCAGAAGUAACUGCUGUCACCGCUCUGAUCAAGUGGACUGUUACCAAAUCAACACCAAAGGUCAAAAUGUAUCAGCUUCAGUAUAACUGCUCUGAAGACGAAGUUCUCAUUUACAGGAUGAUUCCGAUGACUAGCAGAGCGUUCGUAGUCACCAACCUCGUUGCGGGGAUGCAGUACAACUUGUGUGUUUUGGCCAUCUGGGACGACACUGCCACCACCCUCACGGCCACUAACAUCGUGGGUUGUGUCCAGUUCAUCACCAGGGAGGACUAUGCCCAGUGCCAGUCCAUCCACAGCGGCUUCCUGGGCGGCACCAUGAUCCUAGUCAUCGGCGGCAUCAUUGUGGCCACGCUGCUCGUCUUCAUCAUCAUCCUCAUGGUGCGCUACAAGGUGAGCAGCAGCAUUCAGACCAACAAACUCCCCUCCGUGAGCAACACCUACUCGCAGACCAAUGGGGGGCUGAACAGGUUCAAUGGUGCCCCGCCGCAAGUCAAGUCCACGGUGGUGGUCAUGCGCGAGGAAAUGCUGGAGUUUAAGUGUGGAUCCCUCCAGAGCAGCCUCUCCUCGUCAUCCUCGUCUUCUAAUUCCUUAGACAGCCACGCAGGAAAAGUGGCUGCCGACCGCUACAGCAUGCAAGGCAGCGAAUGCAGCACCCUGCCCAGCAGCAAGUUCCGGAGGCACGGACACGGUGCCAAGACAAGGCAGAACCUGGACCACCUUCUAGGGGCGUUCACCUCACUGGAGUUGAGAGGAGUAACAAAGGACCACCAGGGGACUUCUGGCCCCUGCACGAGUUCCAACGCUAUGAUGGUGGCUGCCACGGCACCCCCAUCCGACAAAGAACCCCUGCUGGGAAGGGCCGAGUCCACCACCAUGCUGGGGCGUCUCCUAGGGCUGCCACAGGAGAGUAAGCCCAAGAGGAGCCACUCGUUUGACAUGGGGCACGUGGGUGCCGCGCAGUGUCGCAGCAGUCACCCCCGCAGGAUCAGCAACAUCUGGACUAAACGCAGUCUUUCGGUCAACGGCAUGCUGCUGCAGUACGACGACAGUGAGGACGAGAAGCCCGCCGGGGAGAGCUCUGAGUGGGUCAUGGAGAGCACAGUUUGAGUACAGUUGGCGAACGGUGAGGUUCGUGGCCAAACAAUAAAUUGAUAUCAGGAACUAAAGGAGCAUGAGUGCAGCAGGAGCAAAGCUGCUACUGAGUCUGACGUGAGAUGAAUUUAUGUGAACAAACCCCUCACACCUGGUUGGGAUCAGAACUGUGUGCCGGACUCUAACUGUAUGGAAAAAAAAGUUUAGAUUGAAACAACAUGGAAUGUUUUAUUGAUCAUAUAUAUGAACGAUCCACAAGGCUUAGGGCAAAGGAAGGUCAAAUGAAGAUGAAGUAAUUCAAACUGGAUUUACUUACAAAAAAAGAGUCUCGAGUGCGGUGAACUCAACUGCACAUCGGACCCUCAACUUGAAGUGGGGCUACUGCAGCAGUAGAGGGACAGGAGGCAUGAACAAAACACUAAAACACAGUCAUUGUUAUUUUCCUUUGGGUUUUUCUAUCAUUUCUACUAUUUAUUAUUUGAGAUGAUUCAUCAGCAGGCAGAAGUUUGUAGUUGUAACUGAUACGAACGCACAGAAGCUUCUCUAACACUUCACACGUGUAUCGAUCCAGAUUCAAUCAGUUAGAAAAUGGUUUCUAAAUAACAACAUUGGCAUCAGAAACAGUAAAUUUCUACCUCAGGUUGUGUAUAAUAUGAGGUUAUUUAUAUAUAAAGACAAGUGGAAAUACGACUAAACUCACGUGCACUCUAUGGAUUAUUGUACAGCUCAACACACAGUUCUCUACUUGUUUGCAGAUGUAGCCUGCACGCUAAAUCCAGUGAGUUUCCAGCUCUGGUCCUUUUGAGCGCUUUGAGGCUCCCCCCACCAGUUAACGCUGGUGACAAUGGUCCCUGGAGGCUGAAAGGCCAUUGAUGCAGAUGGGUAUUCGCCUCAGGAUACGAUUGCAGAUUAUAUCAGCACUUAUUGCAGGUGUUUGAAAUCCAUCAGGCCCAACCCACAGCGGGAUGUAUUAUUCCGCUGUAAGUCAACAAACAAAAGAGCACAACAGAGACUCUUUUAUCCAGUUAAAUAAUGAAAUCGACGUUUACUGGCCUGAUACAGCUCAUAAUGCUGUUCAGAAAAGGAUAUUAACUGGACGAAUGGGCGAGGAGCCGCUUGUUGGGGAUCACGUAGCUGAAACGUUCAUUGAUAUUUAGUUCACCAUCAGUUUCAUCCAGGGCUGUACAUUACAGUAAAAUACUGUGUUCAGAUCCGUGCUCACAGACACAUCCCCACACAUCCCGAUGCCUUCCUGGAUGUUCUGUGUUUCUCUGCUGCAUUUUACCAUGUGGGAUCAUCUGUUUUUUAUGUUCCUUUUCCCCUAGGUGUAUGUUCUGUAUAUUGGCAUUUUUUUGUACUAUAAUUGGGUGAGAAUGUGAACGGAGGGGCAAAUGUGCAGUUGUACGUUUUUACUUUCAUGUGAAGCAAACAGUGAGAAGGUGCUUUACUGUGGUGUGAUGACUUGAUCAUUGUUAGUUGGCCUCAUUGGAAAAGGAUGUUACGUUAAACCGUCAGACAGAAGUGGAGGAAGAGUUUUUAUUAAAGGAGCAGUUCACUCAAAAUACAUAAAAAAAACCUGAGAGAAAAAUGUUGAGAGAAAAUCUCAACAUUCGGACGCAAACUAAGACUAUAUGCAUACCGUGAUGCAAAUAGUGUUACUGUGACAAAUGUUUGUAGUUUAGGUGAACUGACCCUUUUAACCUGCCAUCUCUGCUUGUACCAUUUGGUAACAGCCCCUUUCCACUCGGCCAACUAAGACUCCAAUCUAAGUGUGUACUUGACUCAGCAUAGUACUGAUUCUCACCUGAGGUUGUAAGACGAAAAGUAAAAUAAAAAAAAUGUUUCUGUGUGAAAACAUUUUGCUACAUAAAAAAUAUAAAAUACUGAACAAUUCUUAUCAAGCAA